AUGACGCCGUUUACCUCUGGAGGAAGUAGUAACCGUGGGUGUCAUUCAGCUGAGGAUUUCGCUGCAGUUGGUGCGAAAAAUGGGAAUAGGAGUCAGGGAACUUGCCUCCCUGAACCAUUUCAUAAUUAUGUUGAGUAUCUUACAGAAGCCUCGCCAUAUCUGGCACAUACUACGGCAGAAUAUGCACUUGCGAGCUGUUAUCCUCCUGUUGGCAGCUUACCAAAUGAUACUGGGGUCAAUAGAACGGACACAAACUUCUUUUACAAUGAUCCAGGCUGUUUUAAAGCUAUUGAUUCUUCUUCUGGGAUAGACUUCAGGAAGGUGGGGUUUUGGAGACCAAGUAGUGAAGGCUACCAAUCAAAGAAAUUUGCAACUAACCAACCCAAUCAUCUUGCUGAGAGCGAGGCACUGUGGAAGGCAGAAUCAACUGGAGAUAAACAUUCUGCUUCAAAACUUGAUCCAAGGGUAACAGUAGGUGAGCUUGGUUUCCUUCCCAAAUCACGAAGUAGUUCAUCAAAACAGAAAGCCACUGCAGCUGACCGCCAACGCAGGCAACGCAUUGCUGAUAACCUCAAAGCUUUGCACGACUUGCUACCAGCUCCAGCAGAGGGUUGCUCGGCAUAUAUACUGGAUGACGUCAUUGACUAUGUCAAAUAUCUGCAGCUUCAGAUAAAGGAAUUAAGUGGAAGAAGACUGCAAGGUGAAUUACCUGCCAUGCCACUGACAUUCCGUGAGGGCUACGGCCACUAUAUCAACCAGCAGAUGCUAAAUGAACCACUUGAGGAGAUGAUGGGAAAACUAGUUGAGGAAAAUCCAGCAGCAGCAGCUCAGCUGUUAGAGAGUAAGGGCCUUUUUCUGUUGCCCUUGUCUUUGGCUGAAGACUUGCGCCAGGCUAUGCAGAUGUUUGGUGGCAUUUCACGAGUCUGA